CAUCCUCACAUUUCCAGUGCGAUUUCUUCUGCGCUGCCCAAGGCAUACCACUUGCGUCUGCAAGUGCACGCUCUGAGGCUUCCAGAGUUCAUGAUGGCGUCAUCUACGCCGAGUGGCGACGCCCUCGCGAGCCCGGUCGUUGUGGCUGUUCCUGUCGAGAACAUGGCCGCGUUGGACAUCAAGAACACGGAGACCCAGGCUACUACAGAGGUGCCACCUCACCUGUCACACGACAAGGCCAAGAACUUGAAGCGGAGCGAUCCCUUCCAGUUUGGCAGCCGGUACCUCAGCGCGGGAGACGAUGUCUUCGAGUUCAACGCUUGGGACCAUGUCGAGACGGAUGACACGUACAAGGAGUAUGCUGAGCAGCAGUACGCCAAGCAGCGGCAGUUCCCCGUCUCGGACUUUGAGAAGAGAAAGUUCAGUGCGGACCCAGCCAAAUGGUGGAAUCUUUUCUACAAGAACAACCAGUCCAACUUCUUCAAGAAUCGGAAGUGGCUCCAGCAGGAAUUUCCCAUCCUUGCCGAGGUGGCCAAGGAGGACGCCGGCCCCAAGGUCCUCCUGGAAAUCGGCGCAGGUGCCGGUAACACGGCAUUCCCCAUCCUGGCCAAUAAUAAUAACCCUCACCUAAAGAUCCACGCCUGCGACUACUCCAAAACUGCCGUAGACGUCAUUCGCAACCAUGAAGAGUACGACACCAAUUCAAUCCAGGCCGACGUAUGGGAUGUCUCCAGUGAUAGCUUGCCUCCCGGCCUGGAGGAGGGAUCCGUAGACGUGGCCAUUAUGAUUUUCAUUUUCUCUGCUCUUUCCCCGGACCAAUGGGCACAAGCUGUGCAGAACGUCCACAAGGUCCUCAAGCCUGGCGGCCUGGUCUGCUUCCGAGACUAUGGAAGAGGUGACCUAGCCCAGGUUAGGUUUCGCAAGGGCCGGUACCUUGACGAAAAUUUCUACAUCCGAGGCGACGGAACCCGAGUCUAUUUCUUUGACGAGGGUCAACUCGCUGAUAUCUGGUCGGGCAAAACGACCACAUCUACCGAGCCUGCAGAGGGCGAGGCGGCAGAGGCAGAGCAAGCGAUGGCAGAUGUUCCACCGCUGUUCGAGAUCGAGAACCUCGGGGUUGAUCGACGAAUGCUCGUCAACCGAGCGGAAAAGAUCAAGAUGUAUAGAUGCUGGCUCCAGGGGCGCUUUAGAAAGAAAUAGACAUGAAGCAUUUCAAAGUCA